AGAACCACACCAAACACGAUACAGAACUCAAUCAAAAUGUCAAAAAAUAAAUUUUCGUGAUACAAUGAGACAUCAAAAUUCUAGUAUAACUCGCAAACAUGAGCUCCAAUAAUGUCAACGGCACGCAAAGAACUACAAAUAAAAGAAUCAGAAGACGAAGUACUCUUGAAGAAAGGUUACAAAAUAAUCAAGAAAUUAGGUGAAGGCUCCUAUGCACCGGUCUACUUCACAGAAUACACCAUCAAAAACGAAACAGCGAGAGGAAAAAGCACUGGUGAGAAAGAAACUGUCCUCAAACUUGCCUGUAAAAUCAUCGAUACCAAAAGAGCCCCCAAAGACUAUGUAAAGAAAUUUUUACCGAGAGAGUUAGACGUUAUGACCAGAAUGAACCACCCUCAUAUCGUGCACAUACAAAGCAUAUUCCAAAGGAAGUCCAGGUAUUUCAUCUUCAUGCGUAUGGAGCACACCGAUCUUUUGGAUUGCAUUCUGGAAAACGGACCAAUAUCCGAAGGUCGAGCGAGACUGUGGUUCAGACAACUAGUGCUAGCAGUCCAGUAUUUACACGAAAUGGGAGUAGCCCACAGAGAUUUGAAGUGUGAGAACUGCCUGAUCUCCUUCAACAACAACCUGAAGCUAGCUGACUUCAGUUUCGCUAGGUACGUUAUUGAUGGCCACGGAAAAAAACUCACCAGCUCCACAUACUGCGGUUCCUUGAACUACGCAGCUCCAGAAGUUCUGAAGGGCACCGUCUAUUACCCCAAGAAUUCCGACUGUUGGUCCAUCGGAGUCAUUCUUUUCGCUAUGGUCAACAAGGCCAUGCCCUUCGAAGACAAGAACGUGAAAAACUUGGUGGACCAACAGCUGAAUAAGAAGUGGAAGUUCAGGGCCAAGGUGGUGGACUAUCUGAGUCCCGAGAUUAAAACUCUGACGGAGCACCUCUUGGAACCUGAUCCGCUCAAACGGUGGUUGACAGAUCAAGCGAUAGACUCUGAUUGGAUCAGGCUCGAUCCGAGAUUGAUCAGUCUAACUGUAGAUGAACAAACGUGUCUGGUUCAAGCCAGGCAGCUCAAAGAGAUUUACAUGGAGAAAUUGAGAAAGAAAACCAAGUUUGAAGGAGGAGUUACUGGUGAAACUAAUAAGGUAAGAGUUGAAGCACCUGCUGAGAAGACUGAACAGGAGGAAGACGGAUUCAAGGUCCUCAAACGUAGUUUGACAAGAGGAGGAGAAGGAAGCAAGAUUUAUCAGAGUCGCCUGAGAGUCUGAGAAUUGAAACUGAUUUGAAUUACAUGAAAUUUCGAUGAGAGUCGAAAACAAUUAAUCAAUAUAUUCACGACAAUCGUUAGAAAAUAGUGUAACAAUGAAACCAACACAAAAAUGAUUGUAUUCGACUUCAAAUUCAAUAAUAAAAUAUUGCAGAUCA